AUGUGUGUUUGUGGGCGGCUCUGGCAAUGUGAGCAGCUGAGUGAGACAGCAGGAAAACUUGAUGCCCACAGUGGGGAAGAGGCGCCGCUGGGGGAAGGAGAGCCCCCAAAUCCUGCCACAGGCCAGGGCUUCUCUUCAGCUCUGCUUAUCUCUGCUUCUGUGCACAGACAGUGGCUCGGGGACCAGUUCUACAAGGAAGCCAUUGAGCACUGCCGGAGUUACAACUCACGGCUGUGUGCAGAGCGCAGCGUGCGUCUUCCCUUCCUGGACUCACAGACUGGGGUGGCCCAGAACAACUGCUACAUCUGGAUGGAGAAGAGGCACCGAGGCCCAGGCCUUGCCCCGGGCCAGCUGUAUACAUACCCUGCCCGCUGCUGGCGCAAGAAGAGACGAUUGCACCCACCUGAAGAUCCAAAGCUGCGGCUGCUGGAGAUAAAACCUGGUCAGUGCGCUCUGGAGCUUGGUUGGGUCCGUGAUGGGAAAGGUGGGAGGACUGGGCUGGGCCCAGGACAAGGUUAGUCUACUCCUUUG